CAGAGGGGAGGUCAUCUACACAGACGCAGUCAAAUGCUCGAUAUUGACGUACAACGUUUUCCCGAAGACUCCUACCCUAGCUAUCCAUUGUCCUGCAAUCAACAAGGUAACGAAAUAUAUAUACAAGAAGAAUCGAACAAAAGUCGAAGAAUUUCUCUGGGACAUUAUUUAACGAUGUAUUGAUCGUUUUUCCAACGCGGAAUUCGCGUUGUGCGACUUCUCUAUGGCUAUUUCUAAUUAGGCUACCGCUGAAUGAGGUGUGAUAAUCAUACCUGUUCACUUGUGGAUUGUUUUAUAUUUAAAACGCUUCAUUUAGGCGUUAAUGAUUUAAAAACAAAACAUGUAAUAUAUAUAUAUAAAGGGAAGGGAUUAAAAGGAACAAUAAAAUAAUUGUGUUCAGGUUAUCGCUCCUAAAACCAGAGAGGGAAUCUCUCUCUAUUUUUUUUGACAAGGAGUGGAUUUAUGAGCGCAUAAUAAUUCCACGUUAGGACUUGGAAUAUAGUUGCCACAGCAGAGACAUUUGGACACGCCGCCAGUCCCGACUGCGUGAUGUAUCCGUGAGAGUUGACCCGAUACAACGCAACUGUUUCGGCCGGACUCACAGGGAGCGGGGGAGUUCAUGGAGGUUAUUAGUGGGACCCGCUAGGAUGGACGUGGUGGAUGAAACCGAAGCGUUACAGAGAUUUUUUGAGGGUCAUGAUAUUACCAGCUCCUUGGAGCCAGCGAACAUUGACACCAGUAUCCUGGAGGACUACAUCGGUAAGGAGGACGACAGCACUGACAUCUGUUUCUCUGAGGUCCACAGCGGUGCCCCAGGGGCUAACUCCUACUCGUUAACCCAGGCCGGAGUCUCCUCCGCUGGGAGUCUAUUGUGUGGCGUGAGCUCCCCUAUCUCCCUACGUCAAGGAAACCCCCAGCCCCACCAGACACCCUAUCCCCCACCCCCUCCUCUGGGCCUGCUGAGACACAACAACUACCCUUGCCUGGGGCAACAGCACCACCAGCAGAACCAGAACCAGCAGCACCACAUCAAGCCUGAACACAGAGGAAACUACGCACCUGGGAGCCUCCCAGAGUCCCCCCCAGACUCCAGUUCUGAGCCGUACUCCCCUCAGCAGGUCAAUGACACUCAUAUGCUGAGGACCAUGACACCAGAGAACAUGUGUCACAUGACCCCGCCACCUCUACCCCCACACGGCCACGGCUAUCCCAACAUGCACCGGGACAUGUACCUGAAGGCCGAGCCAAUGAUCUCACAGUACCCUGUUGGCCCCGCCUCCAGUGGGAGUGGACAAGACCUGCAACAGACUCAGCUGAUGCAUCAACUCCUUCAACAGCAGGAGUGAGUGAUCGAUCAACCAAUCAAUCAAUCAGCCAAUCACUUACUACUGCAGCACUCACAGCAGGGCCAGCUGUGAGAGAUGGGUGUAGGAGAGAGGGAGGGAGAGAUGGAUGAGAGAGGGAUGGAAGGAUGGUAA